CCCAUUUUAUGGGGAUAAAAAACGUUACAAAGGCAGAUGGGGAACAUAUCACCAAAGGGAUCAGGAACUGUUUAACGGAUUGAUUUGGUGAAGAGUGGAAGGGGAGGGUUGUAGCCAUGGAAACGGAUGGCGCCUCUGUUAUCACUGGGAACAAGUCAGGGGUUGUCGAACGUGUAAGACAAUACACAAACCGGCCUUUCAUUUUCACCAUCCAUUGUUCAGCUCACAGGUUACUUGCUUAUAAGGAUGGGCUUAAGGACAUUAAAGCCAUGACCCCACAGAAGCGUGACGCCUUACUGCUCAAUUUGUAUCUUUUUUACAAGUACAGUCCACUCAAUAGAGCAAACUUAAAGGCAUCUUUACAGACGUUGGAUCUAAAGAUGAAAAUUCCAAACAGAGUUGGAGGGACAAGGUGGCUGCCUCACACGAAGAAGGCCAUCGACCAUGUUUUGUAUGGGUACAAUGCCAUCAUUCAGCAUCAAGAACAGAUACAGAAUCCAUCAGAUGCAGCACAUAGAAAAGACUCGGCUGCAAAGGGAAACAAAUUCCUUAAACUUUUAAAGGAUUCAAAUGUAACAUUCUGGUUACAUGCACUCAUGGACAUUGUCUCAGCAUUAUCUCAGGUUUCAGAGGCAAUUCAGGUGAAAAACAUCAGCCUUGCAGAUGUCUGGAAUGAAAUCCUGUCCGCCAUAAGCAUUUGGAAAAAUUACAAAUCAAGGUAUUAA